AUGAUGUCAAGGAAAGCCUCAAGAAACCCUAAUUUAUAUAUAACUGCUUUAGUCGCUACCUCGGCUAUUGCUAUAAGUUAUAAAAUCUACACUAGUUUUUUCCAACAACUGAAUAAUGAUGAAGAUGAAAUAAAAACAGAUACACCUAGUUCAUAUACCAUAUCGAAACGAUAUUCUGAUAAAUCUAUAGCCAUAACAUUAUCAUCAUCAUUUCUAUCUUCAAGUUUACCAUUAAAUAAGAUCUUGACAAGUUCUGAAAAAAUGAUAUUUAUUAUCCCACCAAAUUUAACAGAGGAUGAUUUAAACUUGUCUUAUAUUCCACCAAAUUUCAAAUUGUUAAAAUGUUCAAAUUUACAAGGAUAUUUACAAAUAUUAAAGAAUUUAAAACCUGAUUUGUUAUUAAUGUGCAGUGAUGAUUUGGGUAUAGAUUUCACACAAAUUAAAAAAGAUUUGAACAUGUUUAUUAAUGAUAUCAUUAAUGUUGAUCAAAAUGAUGAUAUAGUAUUAAGAGUUAGACCUAUAUUUGAUUAA